AUGGCGACCCUCGUGGGGUCGGCGUCCAUCAAGGGCAGCACCGAGACGGUGCGCAUGGUGCUGCUGACCUUUGCGACGAUUGGCAUUACCUUCACAUGGGGCAUUGAGAUGACGUACUGCACGCCGUAUCUCUUGAACCUCGGGCUGACCAAGAGCAACACGUCGCUGAUAUGGAUCGCCGGUCCGCUGUCGGGCCUCGUGGUCCAGCCCAUCGCGGGUGUCAUCGCCGACGAGAACACGUCCAAAUGGGGCCGCAGGAGGCCGCUCAUGGUUGCCAGCGCCGUCAUCGUCGCGGCGAGCCUCUUGGUGCUGGGCUUCACGCGCGAGAUUGUGGCACUCGUCGUUGCCGACGGCGAGAGCGCGACUAGGCCAACUAUAUUCCUGGCGGUGGUGGCCAUUUACGUUGUCGAUUUUGCCAUCAACGUCGUCAUGUCGUGCUCCAGGAGCCUCAUUGUCGAUACGCUUCCGCUCGAGAUGCAGCAGACUGGCGCGGCGUGGGCCAGUCGCAUGUCUUCCAUCGGCCAUAUGAUCGGCUACGCAGCCGGAUCCAUCGACCUCCUCCAGAUUCUGGGCACCACCCUGGGCGACUCCCAGUUCCAGCAGCUCACCGUCAUCGCCGCCAUCGCGAUCCUCGGCUCCACGGCCGUCACCUGCUGGGCUGUCACAGAAAAGGUGCUAGUUAUGCCAAAGGGCGCCGAACAGUCUAAGAGCAUCGUACAGGUGCUUCGCCAGAUCCUGUCCACGGUGCGCCAUCUCCCGCCGCGCGUGCGGGCCAUCUGCUGGGCCCAGUUCUGGUCCUGGAUCGGCUGGUUCCCCUUCCUCUUCUACAACACGACUUGGCUCGGCGAGACGUACUUUCGCUACGACGCGCCGCCCGAGGCCCGGCAGUCCAAGGACGCACUCGGCGACAUGGGCCGCAUCGGCAGCGCCUCACUCUUCGUGUACUCAUGCAUCACCUUUGCGGGCGCCUUCGUCCUGCCCCUGCUGGUCAGGUCCCCCGACGAAGGAGGCUUCACCCAGCGCCCGCCGCGGGCGAUUGCCGGGUUCGUCAAGAAGCUCAACGAGAAGAAGCCCGAUCUCCUGACGACGUGGAUAUGCGGACACUUGCUGUUCGCCGCCGCCAUGUCGCUUGCGCCGUUUGCGAGGAGCUUCCGAUUUGCAACGUUUCUGGUGUGCCUAUGCGGAUUGCCAUGGACUAUCGCCAUGUGGGCACCAUCGGCCCUCCUCGGCGUCGAAGUCAACCGGCUCAGCGGCGGGGGCGAAGGCGGCUCCGCAUACCGUCGUCUGUCCGACGAACCGGGCAUCGAGCUUCCCGAGGUCGGCGUGGGUGCGAGCGACGCCACGGUGUAUCUGGAGGACCCGAUGGCCGGCACCGACGCCGAGGUCGCGUCUACGGCGGAGCUGUCGGGCAUCUACUUUGGCAUCCUCAACAUCUACACGACCCUGCCGCAAUUCUGCGGCACCUUUAUCGCGACCAUUGUGUUCUCGCUGCUGGAGCCCGGCAAGAGCCCCGAGCUUUCGGGCGACGGUUCCGCAGACAAAGGCACCGAGACGAGCGGUCCCAACGCCAUCGCCGUGUGUCUGUUCAUCGGCGCGAUGAGCACCGUAGUGGCGGCGUUUGCCACCCACAAGCUGAGGUAUAUAUGA